UAUUGUUUUAGAGAAUUUAUUCAAUAAAGUCCUCCAUAACCAUGCUUACAAAAAUUUUUAUCUAUUGUGUCAUUUACUGAUGCUUUUAGUUUUUUUUUUUAAUUCACAACCUUGAAAUCAUUGGCAUCAAAAAAUUGAAAGUUCAUGCAUUUUUACCAAUAAACGUUCACUGUCACAUAAUCCAGUGACUGAAGGGUCCGAAAUUCCUGGUAACUAGUUACGAAGCAAAAAAAGGUAUUGAAAUAGAAGCAUAUAUUAUUUAAAGUCUCCAUGCCAAACGAGUUUUACAGUGCACAAAUGGCUGGGGGAUUUGAUCUUGAGGCAUGGACGGCUGGUGACAUGUCGUUUGCAUCAUCAGGUCAUCAACAACGUUCAACGAUCAAUCAAGGAGAUCCAUUUAUUAAUACUUCUGUUUUAACUAAUCAGGGAUCUUCUCAUAAUGCAUCUUCUCAGUCGCAACGUGAAGGUGAUUGGAUAUGUUUAAGUUGUUCCACGGUUAAUUUCGCCAAACGAACACGGUGUAAUAAAUGUGGAGCAAUCAAAAACAAACGAGCUCUGGAUUCUACUCUGACUAAAGGUGACAGCGAUAUUCCGGGAAAGAACUCAGGUUUGUUCAAACGUGGGGAUUGGCAUUGUAAUCACUGCGGCAAUAUAAAUUGGGCUAGGCGAGACAAGUGUAAUGUCUGUAAUGCUAUGAAGCCUUCCUACACCCAAUCACCGCGAACAGGGAGGGCUGGAGGUCAUUACGAUCUUCAAGACCCACACGAUAAGCAGCAACAUUUGUCAGAUGAAGAAUCAUUUGACGAAUUCGGGAGACGAAAAAAAAAAAAAAAAAAAGCAAUAACAAAUGAAAAAAUAACAAAUAUAAAAGAAACUUCUUCUUUACCUUCAACUAGCAUGCUUUCAGGAAAUCCUGAAGAGGAUGAGCCCCCUCUAAAAUUAUGCUUUCCGCCCCCUCCUCUUUGUUAUCUUAAUGGUCGCACCGCAAGCAUGUCGUCAGUGUCUUCCAGAUCCUGUGAUUAUACAGACGUUGACGUAUCAGAAGAUGAUAAAAGUCAUUCAUAGUUUUAUUACACAAUUCCUUUAUACGCAGUAUAUACAUCCAACUUUUUGCAGUUUCCUUCUCUAAACAGCAAAUUUCCUGUUUUUUUUUGUUUAACGUUUUAUCGUUUACUUAUGGAGUCGUUUUUCUAUGAAUUCAUACAUUUUCGGAUUUAAUUUUUUGAUAAAUCCCAAUCAAGCUGUCAAUUUAGAAA